AUGGCCUGUCGUGCAGAUUCUGUCGGAGCAAAAAGCUCAGGAAUCACUUGGUCUGCGUCGCAGGAGAAUACAUUGUCUGAGUCUCCGGCAAACAAAAAUGUCGAUAGUUGCACGACCGCCGCCGAGGUCGAGACUAGUAACCUGUUGCAACGUCUGAAGCAGCUCGAAGAAGCGGUCUUUUCAAAGAAAACCCUGACCUCGUCGUCAGAGCCAAACCAACACCAUGCUGAGAACAACGACUCUCCACCUCAAUCCACCAGACAUGAGCAGGGGAUUGCUCCACAACCUCCGAGCGCACCUGAAAGCACAGGGACGGAUGUGAACUCAUACGUCCUAGUCGGAACUCCGUCGUCUGUCCACAAGCCACCCGCAGUCUCGGAGCUGGUGGACAUCCUGCCGAGCUUGUUGGAUGCCCGGGCGCUGUUCGCCUUCUAUGUGGAGAACCUGAAUUGGUAUCUUCCCAUCAUUCACGUUCCAACGACACGCCGCGAGUUCGAGAAAUUGUACAAUUGUCUGCAAGACGGCACGCAACCACCAGAUUGGCCGCGGAUAUCGCUCUUGGUGGCCGUCUUAUCCGUGGCCGUGUACUUCUGGCAGGACUCGACCACCACCGGCCAUGCACCAUGUCCGAUCAAAGACCCCAAAGCCUGCUGUAGAAGUUGGAUGAUAUUGGUUGAACGCGCCCUGGCCGAGGCCAACCAUCUCAUCUGUCCUCUGCUGGAAACCCUGCAGGCAAAAGUCCUGCUUGCGCUAUUCCUCCCGACCUAUCCUCAAAACACCGGCCGUAGAGGUCAAGUAGCACUUUUGAUCACCGAGGCUCAUGUCUUACAACUCAACCGGAUAGACUCGCCUCGCCAGCGCAAGGCCCGAGAAGAAAGCCCCCAGACCCAGGACGCUGCGGUAACAUUGGAAAUUCAGCGUCGGGUCUGGUGGGCCAUUGUAAUGGCUGACUGGAUGUGGGCGUUCAACAACUGGGGCCAACUCGGGUCGUACUUGGUCCAUCCCGACCACAUGAAUGUGCGAUUCCCCAGCAACGUAGAGGACGACAACAUUCGACCGGGCUAUAACUACGACCAACCGCUAUCGGGCCCGAUAACGGUGGUGACUUUUUUCAUCGCCCGGCUGCUCAUUGCCAACAUCAUACAGAAAUUGACGGAUGCCGUGAGCAAGGCGGAGCUGAGCGACGUGGAAUUCGACUACAGCGCCGUCAUGAUUUUCGACAAGAAGAUCAAUGAGACCUACCAAUCCCUUCCCGCAUAUCUCCACUAUGAGACGGGCCAAGAAUACCUGAAACGGCUGUUUACGGAGCGACCAUAUCUGGACCGACAACGAAAGCUCUUGCUGUUCGGAUUGCACAACUCCCUCGCAUUGCUCCACCGGCGAUUUCUGGCUCGGUCUUACCAAGAUCAGCGGUACACCUACAGCCGGAUAGUAUGCCUCCAAUCCACACGAAUCGUUCUCGAGAUGCAAGAGGCCGUGCGGGACUCUCUCUUCUGUCGUGCCUGGCUGGUCGUGUAUCAUGUCUUCAUCGCAACCACGACGUUGGCCAUGGACUAUGUCUACAUCCGCCGGGACCCGCGACUGGCCGCGGAACGGAAAGCGGAGAUCUUGAAAUGCUACCGCAUCCUCGAGGAGUGUGGACAGCAGGAUCCCGAGGUGAAACAAGGCAUGGAGUCUCUCAAGCGGACCGUGCAAGGGUGGAAAGGGCGCACCACCACCGACAACACGCGCCCGCCACCGAGCCUCAGUGCGUCCCGCCGAUCUACGUCGGGGGACUCUUUCGAACAGAUUGAAAGCUGGCCGACGGCCCCUCGCUCGAGCAGGCUCGGGCUGCUCCAGUCACAGCCGCAGCAGAUGGGUUGUUCCCAACCCCCCACCGAUUUGCCUGGAGGAUUAGGAGCGCCGCCGUCAUGGUGGUUGCGGGAAGACCUGCAACACCACAUGACCCAACAACAACAACAACAUGCUGCGUUCGAAUGUUCUACUGCCUGGUCUUCCGUGGACGACCACCCGGAUUGCUGGCAAGGUUCUUCGCGCAAUCUGCCUUUGCCUCCCGAUGUCUCGCACGUAGUUGUGGCUGCAGAGAAUGAAUCCGACGCGUCGGGCAUGGUGCCGCCAUCUGACCCUUCGACAUUCACUGCGCCGUGGAGGCAACCCGGCGGCAGCCCGAAUCUGUGGUUCCCUUGCCUCGAUGCAGACGGGUCCGAUCCUUCCAACUUCCCCUGGGAAGACAUGUUCCGUGACCUCGGGGUUCAGCAGUCCCGGGCGGGCUUUUAG